AUGUCAUUUCGCAAGAGAGUCACGGCGUCGGCUGUGAACUCGCCCGUUGUUGCCAGCGUUCAUGCGGCGGUCGCUUUGUCGUCAGACGAGACCCAGCAGAUGCUGGACCAGUUCAUUAGCGAGUGCGACCAUCUCGAGGCCACCGCCAUGGAUAAAAGCUACCACGGACCUGAUUCGACCACUCUGAGCCAGCUGAAACGGCUGCAGAGAGAACUGCGGGGUCUGCCGCCACUACUGCUGGAAGGCCAGGCCAAGGAAAGGAGCGAGAAGGUGCCGAAGAAGACUGUUUUCGAGGAUGCUGCCCAGAAGCCCAAAAAGAUUGUGUUUGACGACGAGCCGGUGGGGGAUGACACAGUGGGAGCUGAGGCAACAGAGGCCGACGAGACAGUGAUGAGUGACGAGAACAGUGAAGAGAAGCGGAAGAAGCGCAAACUGGAGAAGAAGGAGAAGAGAGAGAAGAAGGAGAAGAAGGAGCGAAAGGACAAGAAAAGCAAAAAGGAAAAGAGCGAGGAGUGA